AUGUGCGACACUCUUGACUGUCCAAUUCUCACUCAAAUUGUGUGCAUAUAUAGUAAGGGUGUGGUUAUUCAUUUUGGGUCAGAAAUGGCUGAAUUCAAUCAUCUUGUGCUGGUGAAGUUCAAAGACGACGUCGUUGUGGACGACGUCUUGCAGGGAUUGGAGAAGCUCGUCUCCGAAAUGGAUACUGUCAAGUCCUUUGUCUGGGGGCAAGAUAAGGAGAGCCCUGAUGUUCUGAGGCAAGGAUUUACGCACUCGUUCUUGAUGACAUUCGGAAGCAAGGAGGAUUUCGCUGCGUUUGCUGCUCAUCCGAAUCACGUCGAGUUUUCGACCACAUUCUCUGCUGUGAUUGACAAGGCUAUUCUCCUUGACUUCCCAGCUAAAACUGUCAAACCUGCUGCUUGAUAUUCUCUUAAUUCCUAUAUGUCUAGUGUGUGUGUUGUGUGUUUGUGUUUGAGGUUUACUUGCAUGGAUUCUGUUCUGUAGCCUAAUAAUGGAGUUGGAGUUGCUUUUGUUUAACUUCUACUACGACUGCUCUUGAUGUAUCAGAAUAUAUAUGUUCUGCAGUUUAAUGAAUGAGUUAUGGGAUCUUAAAUUUUA